AUAUAUUCAUGUAAUUUGAACAGUGAGUGAAUAGUGCAGAAACAAGUGUUCGAUGUGGGACCUGAAAUAAGCUUCAGCCAAGACCAAUGUUAAGCAAAAGGCCAGGUCCUUGCUGAGGAAAUCAUUUGGGAAGAAAGCCCACCCUUGGGAAUGGAAGGAAUUCACACGAGGCCGAGGCCCAGGCACGUGGAUCGAUGGACGAAGGAGGACAUUCGGGAGUGGCUGGAAGAAGUUGGUCUUGCACAAUAUGGUGAUAGGCUCUGUGAUGAACACAGCAUCGAUGGAGAGACUCUUCUCCUGUUGAAGGAAGAGGAUCUCCGCCUCCCUCCACUGGAGAUCAAGGUUCUGGGUGAUAUGAAGAAACUGUGGAAGCACAUUCGUGAUCUCCAGAUAGAGGCUGGAAGUGAAGGACUGAAUCACCCCAAUGGCUUCGGUCACAUGGGAUCCAGAAAGUUUCCUCCGUCCAUGGCCAGUGCUCCUUUGCGGUACCGUAGAAACUCGUUUAGGGAGUCCGGAUCGAGCUCCGACGAGAUGGGAUCGGACCUGAGCUUCUCCUUUCCCCGACAUGCCAAAAAUCUCCGUCCUGAAUUCUGGAAGCUCUCUGUGAGCCUGGCCUACUUUUUUCUCGUGUCCUGGGUCACAUCCUUCACGAUGGUCAUCGUCCACGACCGCGUCCCGGACAUGACCCGCCACCCGCCCCUUCCGGACAUCGUCCUCGACAACAUUCCGCUCAUCCCGUGGGCGUUCGACAUGAGCGAGAUCUGUGCCUCCGUUCUCAUCUGCAUCUCGGUUUCCAUCCUGGUGUUCCACAAGCACAGGUUCAUAAUCCUGAGGAGGUUCUUUGGCUUGUCUGGUACCGUGUUCCUGCUCCGGUGUGUCACUAUGCUCAUCACAUCUCUGUCUGUCCCAGGAGAUCAUCUUGACUGCAAAGCACGCCCCGCAGGAGAUCUUGGGAGUAAAUUGCACGAAGCCAGCAUGAUCUGGAGAGGGGCCGGGAUGUCGAUCCAGGGCGUGCGCACGUGCGGCGACUACAUGUUCUCCGGCCACACCGUCAUGCUCACCAUGCUCAACUUCUUCAUAACUGAAUAUACAUCAAGAAAGUUCUACUUCCUUCAUGUGAUUUCGUGGCUCCUGAACAUGUUUGGCGUCUUCUUCAUCCUGGCGGCGCACGAGCAUUACUCGAUCGAUGUCUUCAUUGCCUUUUACAUCACAUCCAGGCUCUUCCUGUACUAUCACACCCUCGCUAACAAUCGCACAUUCACUCAAGGACACUCGACUAAGACGAAGGUCUACUUUCCUAUGCUGUCCUAUUUCGAGGGGAAUGUAUAUGGCACCGUUCCAAACGAGUUCGAGUGGCCGUUUUCCCUCUCCUAUUGGAUGUCCGUCUUGGAGGCGGUCUUCCAUCGUCGUUCGACGAAUGCAGACUCGUCCAAGAUCGAUUGAACGCCCUUUCCCCCGUCCUGGGCACGUGAUGGAAAACCCUUUCACCCUAUCCUGGGUAUAUGAUGGAACACAUUAUCCCCUUCUUGGGUGUCCAACACCUUCCCCCUUCCUGGGUGCUUCAACAUUUUUUCCCUUUCCAGGGCUGCACAUGGUGAUAUUUGUGAACUUGUUAUUUAUUGUUGUGAGAUGGUAAAAGACAAAGAUCUAUUCCUACAAAUAAAUGAGUUUUUCAAUCUCUAAACUAUCUAGUCUCUGCAUGUGGUUUGCUGCUUGCUUGGCCCCAGAGUGGGAGGUCUCACUUGCCAAUUGGGCACAUCUGGGGCACAUUCAGUGAUACAAAUCUGCUAAUAUUUCCUGCAAGAUGACCACGUCAUAGAGAUGCUGGGCAGUGUUAGGCGAUGCAGCCACUUGGCGUUCGCUCGUCGGGCUUACGCCACGCUGGUGGAUCCGCAGGAGGAGCUCCGUCGCCAGCUUUGCCCCAUGCCCGUCACCCUGCAGACCGACGCUGAGCUCCUGAGGGACUUCAAACUCAAGGCCCCGCCCUCCCCACCACUUCCAGACUUCAAGCCCUUUGUCCAGUCCCUGGUCUCAGUUCAGGACCUGUUCGAGGCGCGAGUCCAUUACGGUCACCGGGAUGGGAGACUGAACCCUCGGAUGAAGGGCUUCCUCUUCGGCUCUCGCCUCGGCCAUACCGUGUUCGACCUGGACCAGACGCUCUCGCUCCUCCACGACGCGCUCAACUUCACCGCCCACGUCGCCUACCGCCAGGGCGUGAUCCUUUUCCUCUCGCGCCACCCGCCCACCCUUCACUUGGUGGAGCGCACGGCUCAGGAGUGCGGGGAGUACUCGCAUUGCCGGCGAUGGAGGAAGGGUCUGUUUACCAACAGCGAGAAGCAGUUCGGCGCGGUGACGCGGCUGCCGGACCUGUGCAUCUUCUUGAACACGUUGGACACGGUGCUCGAGGACCAUUGGGCGAUCGGGGAGGCGGGACGCCUGGCCAUCCCCACCGUUGGGAUCGUGGAUUCCGACUGCAACCCGUCGACGAUCACGUAUCCGGUGCCGGGGAACGACGAUAGCAUCCCGGCGGUCCGGCUCUAUGCCGAUCUCUUCAAGAGGACCAUCCUCGAGGGCAAGGCUCGAAGGACGAAGGACGAGGAAGGGGGGAAGCUCUAGCGGUCGGUGCAGUGUGAUCUCAUCAUCUUGUUCAAUGAGUCGCAUGUGUGACGAGCUUUCUGUCUCAUGCUCGACUUCGGGGACUUUCUUACCACCUCUUUCGUAAAUAAAGACUAGUCUCUUUUGAA